CCCUGACAGACAUCUAUAGCUGAGCUCAAUGUUUUGAGAUUUUUUGGAGACAACAUCAUCUUCAUCUCAUUUGACUAAAUUUGAGCCAGUAUCACCCUCUAAUUUGGAAUUGAAGGAUGCAUCUGAUUCUUUUCUUCCUGCUGAUGUUCAAACACACACUUGCAGAUUAUCCUGCAUUUAAAGUUGCUCUAUCAGACAAGGGUCUGACAGACGUGUCUCAGCUGAUGUCUGUCUGGAUUGUAAAUGCACUGAAGGCCACUGAACUCCCAGAGUUUCGCGGUGAACUGGACAUUGGGAUCGGCACUAUAGACUUCGCCCUUUCAAACAUGAGGAUUGUGCACUGCAGCAUGUCAGAGUCAUCGCUGGUGUUUGUCAAGGGAACAGGUGUAUCUGUGACAGUCACUCAACUCUCACUGGCCGUCACAGGCAGCUGGACGACACACUUUGGCAUCAUUCAUGAUGGUGGCUCAUUUGAUCUGGCUGUGAAUAAUAUCAACAUGAACACACUGCUGCAGUUAGGUGAUGAUGGUGCUGGCCAUCUGUCCGUCUCCAGUGUCACCUGCAGUGAUGAUGUGGGAGGAGUGCAUAUACAGUUCCACGGAGGUGCAAGCAUUUUGUUCCAGCCGUUUGUAAAAAGGUUCAGUGGACAUAUUUCAGAUGUGUUACGUCAGAAGAUUUGCCAGGCAACUGAACAAGCAAUUGUUGACUUGGAGAGACACCUACUGGAAUAUUCUGUGAACAUACGUGUGGAUCAGUAUAUAUACGUGAACAUCCCUCUCACAUCCUCGCCCUCUGUGACAGAUAACAGCAUUGAACUAGAUAUGAAGGGUGAGUUUUACAGCAGCAGUUCUCCCUCUGAGCCACCGUUCUCUCCAAACGCAUUUGACAUGCAACCUGCAGAAAACUACACGCUCUCACUGGCCGCAUCGGACUUCUGUGUGAAUUCAGCAGCUUAUGCAUAUUUCAGCUCUGGGCUUCUUCAAAUGAACAUCAGAGAUGACAUGAUACCAAAGAGCUCCCCGAUCCAUCUGAAUACCAGCCAGUUUGGCAUCUUCAUUCCACAGUUGCGCACCCAAUAUCCCAACAUGGAGAUGCAGGUGCUGUUAUAUGUGAGCGAGACACCACUCUUCUCCUUUAGAUCUACUGAGGUGGAUGUUCAUGUAACGGCUGCAGCAAAGUUCUCUGCUGUUAAACAUGACCGCACACUGAUUCCUCUGUUCAGAGUGGAUGUGGACAGCAGCUUCAGUGGAAACGCACAGAUUGACAAUAUACACCUGACUGCAGCUUUCAACAUGAACAAUUUAACUCUGACUCUCGGAUCAUCUGAGAUUGGUGAUUUCAAUACAGGACCACUUGAAAAACUGUUCAAGAUGGCAAUGAGCACAGUUGUACUUCCAAAAUUAAAUGCUUACCUGAAGAUUGGUGUUCCCUUACCCACUCUGCACGGCUUUAGAUUUAGUAAUUCUGAAAUAUUCUUAAGAAACGGUUUUGUGCUCAUUGUGACAGAUGUUGAAGUCCCUCAUGAUAUGCCAAGUGGUCUCUGAGAUCCAAACAUAGAUUGUGCUGAACAACAUUAUUUCUCUACAAUGCUUAAAUAUCAUUUACAUUUACUAAUAACUUACAUUCAUUUUUCAUAAAAUUAUUUGUGAAAUUCCUUCCUAAAAUAUAUAUAUAUAUAUAUAUAUAUAUAUAUAUAUAUAUAUAUAUAUAUAUAUAUAUAUAUAUAUAUAUAUCAUAAUCAAGCUGCCCAAAAUGUUUACAACAGUUUUACAAUAGUAACACAAUUGUUAAUUUGUUAUACAAGUAUGGUUAUGUUUUUUUUGCAACCCUCAUGCCAUCCCAGAUGCGCAUGUAUCCUUUGUGCCAUAUCCAUGCAUGUUGGGUUCAGCCUGAAUGGUUUUUGCAACGGGCUCCAUGUCCAGGGCAAAAAGUAAAGAAGAGCAGCCCUGUCUGGUAUCUCUAUGUAACUGAAAUGAAGGAGAAAGCAUUUUAUUAGUGAGAAUACUCUCACACCGCAUAAUUUAUAUCCAUUUUUAAAAACUUUCACCAACAAGCAAAGACAUGAGGCCACAACAGCUGAUCGAAGGCCGAAGGAGUUUCGAGAAAGAGUGCCUGUCUGGUAUAAAACCUAUCUGGUCAGUGUGGAUAAUUUUACAAAUUAAAUAGUUAAGUCUAUGAGACAACGUUUUAGCCAAUAUUUUUGGGUUGCAUAUCAAGAUUGAAAUUGUCCUGUAAAAGAUUACUUCCACUGGGUCUUUCCCUUUUUUAGGUAUUACAAUUAUGAUGGUUUCAAUUAAGGUGGGAGGUAAUGUGGCAACCUAUUUGCGUGAGUGUACAUUUCUUUAUUUAACUUACUGGGAUAUCCAUCAAGGCCAGUGGCCUUUCUACUUUUCAAUGUUUUAAUCAUAUUUUUCUUGAACUGAAAGUUCUGGAUUGAGAAAAUCUCGGUCUUGCUGAGUUAGGGUUGGAAGGCUGUGUUGGACAAAUAUGGGACCAAUAUAGUAUCAAAAUUAUUCACAACUGCAUAAACACUUUUCCAUCAAUUCGAUAAAUGUCAUACAUGCAUUUGCCUAUCCACACAAAAAUGAAUGCCUUUAAACUUGUGUCUGUAAAAUUUUGAAUUAAAUGAAUGUACAGCCAUUUGUACAAAUAGACAUAUUUGUGAAUACAAAUGAUCCCUUUUUUAUAAAUGUGACAAUUUGUAUGUCUAACCAAAGGAAAACAUUCCAAAUUAACCACAAAAUGGCCUUGUGAAGCAUUGAACGUGAAUUUGUGGAUCAAGUGAGUACACCACUAUUUGGCGGUGUCGACUACAGGAGCAAAGCGUAGCUUUGAAGUUACCUCCAUUUCUCAAGCAGCACAAAUGUUGGCUAGAAGACUUGAGUUUAUAUGCAUUUAGUGGAAUUCUCUUUUAAAUCUAACUAUUAUGCCACGACUGAUAUUGUUGUAUUAUGAAUAAAAAAAAAUAUUAUUGACGUUUUGGGAUCUCUAGAUUCAUUUAUGGAUUUGAGCUUGCCUCACCUUUUCAUUAGAAGCUUUACAUAUAUAUAUAAAAUGUAAAAUUUUCACAGAAGAAAGAAAUCAUUUGUGUUUGGAACAACCCAAAUGGAUGUGCAGGUAUGACUGAAUUCUGCUGCUACUUUGAAGAGGGGAAUCUUGCUACUAUGUCCUCCUUAAACUCACACAACAUACUUUUCAACUCUGAAAAAGUAAUUCACAAAGCUGUGCAUAACAUAUUUGCCAUGAAACAUCAGUUAGAAUAUAACUUUAUAUAAGAAUCACUAAUGAUAACGUUUAACUUUAAUACACUCCAUGAAUUUGUCAAAAUGACCAGUCCACUAAUGAACAAUUCAAAUGUUUCUGAAACUUUGAGUAUCAUUUUGAUUAGAAUAGUACAUAGUGCUCGAGAAGUCUCUGCAAUGUAGUUGUUGCGCUGAAUCUAUAAAAUUAUUCUCAAAGAACUACAUUUCCCAGAGUGCACCAGCAGUAGCAAUCCAGGUGCUUGAUUAAGAGCACCUGCUGAAGCAUGAAGGUUAACAGUCAUUCAGACAAGCAAACUUCAGAGAGAAGACACUCCAAGUUCACUCAUAGGUUCAGUCCAAAGACGUCAAUGGUCGGUGAAAUGUUUAAUUUACUUUUAUGAUGUUUGAAAUACUGUUAAAUAUGUUCAAGCUAUGUUUAACUUCUGUGUAGAUGGUUUAAGGAACACAUUACAGCAUAGACUUCAUUGAUUUUGUGUUAAAUGGGUUUGUGCUAAGAAAUAUUUCAUUUGUGUUUGGGAAAAUUAAAAGCAUAAGAUUUAAAGGAUGGUACAAAGUUACAAAUGGUAAAAUAUAAAAUUUCUGGUAGAUGUUAAAAAUUUACAAAUGAAUUUGAAUUCAUGAAAUCAUAAUUUUUCUUUAUGUAAAAGGAAUUAAAUGUUUAACUCAUUUAAAAUUUAUUAAAAAUGCUUAACUAAAUGUUUAAUUAAAAUGGUAAUGUUUGUUCUCUGUUUUGAAGGUUUACAACCUAACACAUUACAA